GAAGUGGACAACCCGAAAUGAUAAUUGAAAUAAAAAAGAAAGGAGUAGUUUUAAUAGUAGAAUGUAAAUCAGACAAAGAUAAACAUAGAACCGCCGAACUUAAUAAACCUGCUUCUCAUAAUUUAGAUGGAGUUUUAUAUUAUGCUAAAUAUUUCAAAGAAAGUUUUACAGUUCUUUUUCUAGCCAUAACAGGAGAUGCUGAAAAAGAGAAAGAAUUGACAGAAGAAAAGGUUGAUUUGCGCUCAAUAACCAAAGAUUUACACAAUCGCUUAAGAGUUAUCAAAUUUGGUAAUAAAGCUAAACCUCUUUUUAUCGGUGCCUGUUUAUUGGCUUUGCGAGAUGAUGACUUUUACAAAAAGGUUGCUGAGGCUAAUUUUGACAAAGAAGAAGAUAUUCCUAAUCUUCUAAAAAAUGCUCUUAACUCAAAAAAAUCUCUUGGAUUAAAAGAAUAUGGUCGCUUGAAGGAAAAAUUACAAGAACUAAUCGACAGCAAUUCUCAUUUAUUGAUUAAGCAAAAGAAAAAAGAGCAUCGACUUAGUUCUAUUUUAAAAAAAAUCCAAGAAGAGGUUUACCCUUUACUAAAAACUUCUAGCACUGACAUAAUUAGCGAGUUUUAUUAUGAAUUUUUAAGAUAUUCGCCUGGUGAUGGAAAAGGAUUAGGAAUUGUUUUAACUCCCUCUCAUAUCGCAGAGUUAUUUUGUGAUUUAGUAAAUUUAGGACCAGAUGACAAAAUCCUUGAUAUUUGUUGCGGAACAGGAACUUUUCUAGUAAUGGCACUAAAUAAAGUGUUUAAAAAAGAAGAGAUUAAGGAUAACCUUUAUGGAGUGGAAUCCGAUGAUGAAAUUUAUCACUUACUUUGGAUAAACAUGAUUUUACAUGGUGAUGGUAGUUCUCAUAUUUCUCAAACUAGUUGCUUCGAUGAAAACAAAAAAACCGAGGGACAGACAAUGAUAGAGCCAAUUUUGGAAAAAGUAGGUUUUACAGUUGGUUUUCUUAAUCCUCCUUAUAGCCAACCAGAUUAUAAUGAAGCUAAGUUUAUUCUUCAUUUAUUAAAGUUUAUUGAGAAAGGUCAAAAAGCUGUUGUGAUUACUCAUAUGAAAGUGGCUCGAGGCACAAAACCUCUAGAAAAAGAAAGGAAAGAAUUAUUAGAAAAUCAUACUCUGAAAGCAGUGAUGACCAUGCCCGGCGAUUUAUUUUAUGGCACUCAAAAUGAUGGUCAUGAAAUCAAAGAUAACAAAAGAGAAGAAAGAGAAAAAGAAAACUAUAAGCAAGAAAAAGAGGAAGAAUAUAUUUCUACCUCUCAAUUAUUUACUCCUGAACAAAGUGAAAAAAGUUGGUUGCCUGAAUUUUAUUUGCCAGUUAAUUUUUCCAAAGUAAAAGAAGAACAAUUUAUGGAAAGCGUUCGUGAUUACUUAGGGUAUAUAAUGACAAUCAGUAAAGGAAUUGACAACUUACCAACUUCUUUACCCAAAUUAUUUGAGGAAUUAGAAAAUAAUCAACCUGAAAGUUUCUCACUCAAUAUUGAAAAAUGGAAAGAAUUUAAAUUAGUUAGCAAUUACAAUCAAGACAAAGAAAAUGGCACUGAUAAAAAAGGUCUAUUUCAUGCUGAACCCGCCCCCAAAGAAGACAAUUUUAGAACCAAGAGUGCCAAACCUUAUUUUCAAGAUUUAAAACAAACUAUACCUCUAAUUUCCAACAGUGGGAAAAAUAAUGGCUGUGUUGGUUUUGUAGAAAAAAUAAUUUUAGAAACACCUGCCAAGGACGGAUGUAUUACUUUGGGUGGCUUCGGGACUUUCUUUUAUCAGCCUAUUGGUUUCUAUCGAACUUAUGCCCAAGAUGGAAAUGUUUGGGUUUUAAGAGCUGAAUGA